AUGAGCUUCGGCAACAGUGGAUUUGGAGCAAGCAACAAUGAAUUCGGUAGCAACACAUUCGGAUCCAAGGCGGUAACCCCUGGAGCCUUCGGCAAGCCAGCUACAGGUAGUGCCUUCGGAGCUCCUAGUACUUUCGGGGCCAGCAACAGUAACAGUGGAACCUUUGGGGCCCCAUCAGGUGGAGCAUUCGGCUCAAAGAGCAGUUUUGGCAGUGGAGACAACCCAUUCAAAGCUGCUGGAAACCCUUUCGCAGGUACCAGUCCGUUUGGAGCCAACAAUGCCGAUACCAAUAACAGCGGUGGAGCCUUCGGUAGUAAUAACACAAGUGGCGGUUUUGCUAGCAACAACACAAGUGGAGGCUUUGGUAACAACAAAACAAGCGGAGGCUUUGGUAACAACAACACAAGUGGAGGCUUUGGUAACAACAACACAAGUGGAGGCUUUGGUAACAACACAAGCGGAGGUUUUGGUAACAACACAAGCGGAGGUUUUGGUAACAACAACACAAGUGGAGGCUUUGGUAACAACACAAGCGGAGGAUUCGGCCAAAACAACUCUGCAGGUGGAUUUGGCAAUAACAAUACUGGUACCAGUGCUUUCGGAUCAAAUACUUUUGGAAGCAAGCCGGCGAACAGUGCGUUUGGAAGUAGUGCGUUUGGAUCGAACAACAAGACCAGCAGUGCGCUUGGUAGCUCCAAGAGCGACACUCCGAAUCCUUUCGCCAGCAGUAACACUGGUGGUUUUGGUAGCAGCAGCAAUACCAACAAUGCUGCUCCCAGUGCCUUUGGAACCACAAACACCUCUGGAGGUUUCGGUAGCAACACCAAUGGAACUACGAGUGCCUUUGGAGCCACCGCUGCGGGUUCUUCGACUUUUGGCCAGACCAAUUCUGCAUUCAACACAUCGCAUAACUCGCCAUUCGGCCAGAACAAUACAGGUACCUCGCCAUUUGGUAGCAGCGCAACUACAGGGAACUCUCCUUCCGGUAGCAGUGCUCUUAAUAAAGAGAACUCCCCAUUUGGUAGUACUCCUGCUUCUGGUAUUAAAACUUCGACCUUUGGAAACACCACCGCGCCUACUUCUGCAUUCAGUAGCUCGGCGUUUGGAUCAGGCGACAUGUCUUCUCUCGGGGACGCUCUGACUGUAGCCAAGAAGGAGCCCACGAGCGCGUUUGGUACAUCUGCCUUUGGCGCACCUCAAGGUGGCGGUGCAUUUGGAGCGACUACUACCUCUUCGUUUGGGCAGCCUCAGAAUGCGGCAGCCAAUCUGGCAUCUGUAGAGGUCGAGGGUGUUCCUGCCAACUUUGUCGAAGUGUUCAAGAUGGACUACUUUACACCCGGAAAGAUCCCGGACGUUGCUCCUCCUCCUCAGUUGUGCCAGUAA